GCGAGCGAGCGGUGGUCGAGAGGCGGCCGCGGACCCCUCUACUGUGACGAGACACGAGUGCUCGCACGCGAACAGUGACCGAGUGCUCCUAUAUCCUAUACAAUAAGUACGGACAGAGUUACUCGUUUGUACAUUGGCGGCGCGUGAUGCGGCGGUGGUGCGGGGGCCGCGUGCUGAACGUGGCGGCGGCGCUGCUGCUGGCGGCGGGGCUCCCGGAGCCGGCGGCGGCGCCCGCGCGGCCCUGCGCCUCCAACGCGCUCUGCGUGUGCCGCGGCGACCACCUCGACUGCCACCACGUACCGUUCCACAGGUUCCCCGACACAGAGGCGGAGACGUGGCACGUGUCGGUGUCGCAGGCGCGGCUGGGCUCGCUCGGGGAGGCGGCGCUCGACUCCCGCCGUCUGCGCACGCUGGUGUUGGUCGCAUCGCGCCUCCACCACCUCGACACCGGCGCCUUCUCGUCAAUGAUUGCCACUCUGGCAUCUCUAGAUUUAGGACACAAUGAAUUUACUGAAAUACCAAUAGAAGCUUUACAAGAACUGCGGGUGCUGAAUUGGCUUAAUUUACAAAACAACUACAUAAGCGAUAUAGACCCGACGAUGGACUGGGGAUUCCUGUCAGAGUGUUUGAGCAGCUUAUCUCUCAGUAACAACCACCUGGUGGUGCUACGCGACGGCGCGUUGUCGCAGCUCCGUCGGCUGGCGCAGCUCCACCUGGACGGGAACCGCCUGCGGACGCUGGCGGCCGGCUCGCUGCCGCCCGCUCUCGCCGUGCUGCGCUUGUCCGACAACUUGCUGCCCCACGUGCCGUGCGCCAGUCUCGAGCGCCUGCCGCGCCUCCAACACCUACACCUCCGUAACAACGUAUUACGAGCCGCUUUCAACCGCACCUGUCACGCACACUACUCCAAAAUUGAUUCCCUAGACUUGAGCCACAACGAACUCGAUGACACGUUUCAGUUAGAUUUUCAAAAUAGAAUUCAAAUAAAGCAACUGAUGUUAGACUUGAACCAGUUCACGGUGAUACCUUCGUUCGUGCUCGAUAGUGGUCGCCUCGAAAAACUGUCCGUGUCUUAUAAUAGACUUAAAUACGUAUCGGAAUCGACUAUAGCAUUGUUAAAGCAUAAUCUGGAGCAACUGGACUUGGAUCAUAAUGAUCUGACAUCGCUUCCUGCAAAUUUACGGGAAAUGACCCGUAUGCGGCAUUUGUCGUUGGCAUAUAAUCGUUUAGAGGACAUGACAGGUCUACCGCCUAAUCUCCAUUCACUAUCAUUAACGAGCAACUAUCUAACGUCCUUCCCGGUAGCUUUGAGUGAUUUGGCGGAUGCCACACUCGCAUAUCUGGACCUCGGCUACAACCAAAUAUCCGUAAUAUCGGGCGAUAUGUUCGGACCUUGGUCAGAUGCGUUGGUGACGCUUAGCUUGAAGGGCAACCGAUUGUCCCAACUCGAAGCCGGUGCAUUCCCGGCAACUUUGCCGCUUCGCGAACUCGUGCUUAGUUUCAACGACCUUUACAACGUGGACGCGGAUGUUUUUGUGAACCUUACAACGCUAGAAGUGCUCGAACUAUCAUCGACUCUAUUCAGCGGAGAGUUCCCCAUCACUACACCUAUAGACAAAUUGAGUUGGCUUAGUCUAAAUAACAAUAAUAUUCACUUCUUAUCAUCAAGGGAAAUAGAAAUGUUCUCUUCUUUGGAAUAUCUCGAUCUAGAUUUUAAUAAGAUUAUAGAAUUUCCCACAGAAGCAAUCGAAACGAAUAGUUCUUUCAUAUUGAAGGAGUUAAGGUUAUCGUAUAAUUAUGUAAGUAAAAUUAACUCAGAAUUUCUAGCAGGUCUAAUAGAGUUGCGAAGCGUAGACUUGUCUUACAAUCGCAUGCACAACAUUAGCGAGCGUAGUUUUGCAAAUCUGCCAAACUUAGUUUAUUUAACUUUAGCUGGAAAUGUCGUCGAGUACGUCUCCGAGAGAACGUUUUGCAAUUUGCCGAAAUUAGAAGUGCUAGACUUGCAACAGAAUAAAUUAACUGAGUUUUCCACCGAAUACUUUGAGAAUGUAUCCAAGGAGGAUAUUAACUUCUCAGUAAACGUGAGUUAUAAUAGAAUAUCAUACUUGAGCGGUGGCCACAUGGUGCACAUUACUGUAUUAGAUUUAUCACACAACUUUAUUGAAAGUAUAUCUGAAAAUUUUUACAAUUAUCUAGGAUCGAGUCUGAGACAACUUGUACUGUCAUAUAAUGUAUUGACGAAUAUAGAUAACUUCAGUUUCGGCUCUUUACCGAAACUGGAUGUAUUGCGUUUGAAUAACAACAAAAUAGCUGUAGUGAAAAAAAAAGCAUUUGCCGAAAUGGUUUCGCUGCAAGUGCUCGACUUGUCCUAUAACAAAUUGACACAACUCUCGGCGGAACAAUUUCAAAAUAUGCAGCAACUACGGCACCUACGCCUUGAUGCCAAUGAACUCAGGUCGCUACCCAGAGAUUCCUUUAAAAAUACUGUGCUGGAACAUCUUAAUCUUAGCAAAAAUCAGAUAAGUAUAUUCCCGAGUAGUGCGCUCACACAUGUUGGGUUUACUCUGCGGCGUUUAGAACUGGCGCAUAACCAUUUAGAAUACCUAGACGUCGCCAUGUUUCACGCCAUUUCUUUCCUCCACGAAUUGAAUCUGGCAAACAAUGCUCUUACUGUACUCUCGGAUAAUACUUUCGCUGGCCUUUCACGUCUGAUGCUAUUAGAGCUCUCAUUUAACGCGAUUAAAACUAAUUUUAAGGAAUUGUUUCAUAAUUUGCCGCGUUUGCGUCGACUCGGUCUCGCCGCUACCGGAUUAAAGUCUGUUCCACAUCUGCCUCUCGCUAAUCUGACAGAACUCGACCUGAGUGAUAAUCAUAUAUUUUCUUUUCGUGAAAACGACGUACGUCGACUAGCUAACCUACGGAUAUUGAACCUAGCCCGCAAUAGACUCACUUCACUGCAGCCGGCCAUGUGGUCGACACUCAGACAGCUCACUUCUCUCGAUGUAUCUCAUAAUCCAAUAGUUCGUAUAACACGGGGCUCAUUCGACGGACUCGAUCGUCUGUUACACCUACGUAUGGACCACUUGAGACAUCUCGAGACUAUCGAACCUCGUGCUUUUCUGUCACUGUGCUCACUGCGUACGGUAGCACUCGAGUCACCUACGAGCACCGAGCGAGGGGACGUUACCUUGGCCGAUAUAAUGGCAUCCACUGUUGCAGUAGAGUCACUUUCAGUGCAUAUGCGGGAUAAAAUUUUGGACAAGCAAUUUCAUGAUGUGCGAGCAAUGAAAUUACGAGCUAUCGAAGUGAGAGGUAUGGCACUAAAGCGAGUGUCCGGGGACGCUUUCGUCUCGCUGGGACAGCAGCGUGCGCUCGCGCUGCGCCUGACGGAGUCCAGCAUCGACGCGCUGCCAGCGGGACUGGUGCGUCCCCUGGUGCGCGUGCCUCAUCUAGCACUAGACAUCAGUAAUAACCGACUCAGCAUUUUUAGUCCGGCGACGCUUUACCCAAAUCUCACUGGAUGGAAUCGUCUCGCGACCCGACUGUUGCCAGGUGGGCUGGUGGUGUCGGGGAAUCCGCUGCGGUGCGGGUGCUCGGUGUCGUGGGUGGGCGCGUGGCUGCGGCGGUGGACGGUGGAGGUGGGCGGGGGGUCGCGGGGCGCGCGGGAGGCGGCGCGGCGCAGCACGUGCCGCGCCCCCCCCUCCGCUGCCGCCGCCGCCGCCGCCCGCCCCUCCGCCGCCGCCGUCGCUCAGCCGCUGCUGGCGCUGGACGCCGACGAGUCCGAGUGCCACGCCAGCGCGCUCUCCAGUAAAGCGCUCGACGUUCGCCACUUUGAACUGUCAGCCUUCCUCUGGAUCGUGCUCCUUCAUUCGCUCAGUUAGUGAUGAGUGUGUUCUAAUUUUGUGCAUUGUGUGCAAUGUUUUAAAUUGCUUUUGGUUUGGUGAAAACAAUAAUUGUCAAGUUUAAUAUACAAUAAUAUAUUCAAAUGACUAAAUGUGACUCUACUGUGUCGUCCUAUACUCACUGAAUGAAGUGUUAUUUCUCGAAUCAACAAUAACGUUGAAUAAUAAUUUCGUUGAACUCUACAAAAUAUGCGCUUGUUGUAAAUAUUAGUAAAUACAUAUAAUUGUAAAUUUACAAUAAUUAAAUUCUAAAUGCAACGAACAGUUAACUUUUAGAUAUUAUAUAAUAAUGUCCAUGAAUGUAUAAAAUUAGUAUGUAAAUAUAUUUAAUUGUAAUACUUGCGGAAUGAGAGAGUAGUUAACAAAGAGUUACGAUGUAUGUAUGUAUGUAUGUAGGUAGGACAUAUCAAAUUUUAACGAAUAUAUAGAAAAUUGUAAUUCCCGUUGUCCUGACCGGUAUAACACGUUGAAGACAGCAUUGAAGAAUCUAUUUCUCACCUAGGGACCUGCAUUUUUUAUUGUUAAUUACGUAUUUUAUUUUUCCGUAUGUUUUUAGUGUACAAUAAUUUGAGGUAGACAAUAUUUAACAAGAAUUGUUUCAAUUAAAGUGCCCUGGGCUGGUCGCCCGCUCGCAACGUGUAAAU